CCGGGCGGGUCUGGCACGGAAGCGGUAACUAUGGAGAAUAUGGCGGAGGAGGAGCUGCUUCCCCUGCAGAAGGAGGAGGAGGUGGCCCAGGUCCUGAUCUCGGCCCCGGACUCGGCUCGGGUCCCAGCUCCGGCCCCGGACUCGGCUCCGACUCCGGAUUCGGCUCCGACUCCGGCCUCGGCUCCAGCCCCAGCCCCUGCCCUGGCUCAGGCUCCGGCCCUGUCCCCGUCCCUAGCCUCUGCCCCUGACGAGGCUGAAAGCAAAAGACACAUCUCAAUUCAAAGGCAGCUUGCUGACCUCGAGAAGUUAGCUUUUGAAACUGAAGAUUUGGACUCUUCUAAUUCACUGAACUCAGAUAAUCUCGAUGCAGGGAACAAACAGGCUUGUCCAUUGUGCCCUAAGGAAAAAUUCAGAGCUUGUAACAGCCAUAAGCUUCGUAGGCACCUUCAAAAUUUACACUGGAAGGUCUCAGUUGAAUUUGAAGGUUACAGAAUGUGUAUCUGUCACUUACCCUGUCGACCAGUGAAACCGAAUAUUAUUGGAGAACAGACAUCCAGUAAAAUGGGCGCCCAUUAUCAUUGUAUCAUUUGUUCAGCAACAAUCACCAGAAGGACUGAUAUGCUAGGACACGUGAGGCGCCAUGUGAAUAAAGGAGAGACUAAAUCCAGGUAUAUUGCUGCUUCUGCUGCUAAACCACCUAAUGAAAUUUUGAAAGAGGCAGACACAGAUGUACAAGUUGGUCCUAACUAUUCCAUACCUCAGAAAACAGAUUCCUAUUUUAAUCCCAAAAUGAAACUAAAUCGGCAACUGAUAUUCUGCACUUUGGCUGCUCUGGCUGAGGAACGGAAACCUUUGGAAUGUCUGGAUGCCUUUGGAGCCACUGGGAUAAUGGGAUUACAAUGGGCAAAACAUCUGGGAAAUGCAGUCAAGGUUACAAUUAAUGACUUGAAUGAAAACUCCGUGACCUUGAUUCAGGAAAACUGCCAUUUAAACAAAUUAAAAGUGGUGGUGGACAGUAAGGAGAAAGAAGAGACUGAUGAAGUUCUUGAAGAAGGAGAGGAAAAACUUGGUAAUAUUCAGGUGACCAAAAUGGAUGCCAAUGUAUUGAUGCAUUUGAGAUCUUUCGAUUUCAUACACCUAGACCCUUUUGGAACAUCAGUGAACUAUCUCGAUUCUGCAUUCAGAAAUGUAAGAAACCUCGGCAUAGUGUCAGUGACUUCUACAGACAUCAGUUCUUUAUAUGCCAAGGCACAACACGUCGCCCGGCGUCACUACGGCUGUAACAUCGUCCGAACUGAGUACUACAAGGAACUAGCAGCCCGAAUUGUUGUGGCGGCACUGGCGAGAGCUGCAGCUCGAUGUAACAAAGGCAUAGAAGUGCUGUUUGCAGUGGCCCUGGAACAUUUCGUCUUGGUGGUCGUGAGAGUUUUGAGGGGGCCUACUUCUGCAGAUGAAACAGCCAAGAAGAUCCAAUAUCUCAUCCAUUGUCAGUGGUGUGAGGAGAGGAUUUUUCAGAAGGAUGGUAAUAUGGUAGAAGAAAACCCAUACAGACAGCUGCCCUGUAACUGUCACGGAAGCAUGCCUGGAAAGACAGCAAUAGAACUCGGACCUCUGUGGUCAAGUUCCCUCUUCAAUACUGGAUUUCUAAAAAGAAUGCUAGUGGAGUCUCUUCACCAUGGUUUAGAUGACAUUCAGCCCCUAGUAAAGACGUUAAUCUUCGAGUCCGAGUGUGCCCCUCAGAGUCAGUUUUCUGUUCAUUCGCCUUCAAACCCCAACAAGCAAGAAGAAUGUGGUGUGUUUAUUAAAACUACAGAUGACACCACAACAGAUAAUUACAUUGCACAAGGAAAAAGAAAAGGUAGUGAAACAGUCACCAGUUUAGCCAAGAAGCAGAAGACUGACGUCAGUGCUGAACAUCCUCCGUUUUAUUACAACAUCCACAGACACAGCAUUAAAGGGAUGAACAUGCCCAAGUUAAAAAAGUUUCUGUGCUAUCUUUCUCAAGCAGGCUUUCGAGUAAGCCGAACUCAUUUUGACCCCAUGGGUGUCCGUACAGACGCACCUCUGAUGCAGUUUAAGUCCAUUCUUUUAAAGCACAGCACUCCCACCUACACCGGAGGACAGUCGGAGGGCCCUGUCCCGUCAGCACCAGAAGACUCGGUGGCUGACAGGGUGGAGGCGGCAGUGACUGACAAAGCGGAAGCGAGCAGCUGUAGACGAUGGUGAACGUGGAGGCUUCAUUCCCAGGUGUCUGUAUAGCUGGCCUGAGUUCUCUAUACCACCUGUAGUUCUUUUUUUAUUCUUCCAAGUCAGUGGUGUAAAAAUAAAAUAAAGAUGUGC